GCCUGGUAGCCCGCCGAGCCAGGAGCUGCGAGUGGAGCGCCUGGGCGGCGGCGGCAGUGGCUGUGCGAUGGCUCCCGCCGCGGACCGGAAGGGCUACUGGGGCCCCACGACCUCCACGCUGGACUGGUGCGAGGAGAACUAUGCUGUGACCUGGUACAUCGCCGAGUUCUGGAAUACAGUGAGUAACCUGAUUAUGAUCAUACCUCCAAUUUUUGGCGCAAUUCAGAGUGUUAGAGAUGGUCUGGAAAAACGGUACAUUGCUUCUUAUUUAGCACUCACAGUGGUAGGAAUGGGAUCCUGGUGCUUCCACAUGACUCUGAAAUAUGAAAUGCAGCUACUGGAUGAACUCCCAAUGAUUUACAGCUGUUGCAUAUUUGUGUACUGCAUGUUUGAAUGUUUCAAGAUCAAGAACUCUGUAAACUACCAUCUGCUUUUUACUUUAGUUCUAUUCAGUUUAAUAGUAACCACAGUUUACCUUAAGGUAAAAGAGCCUAUAUUCCAUCAGGUCAUGUAUGGAAUGUUGGUCUUCACAUUAGUACUUCGAUCUAUUUAUAUUGUUACAUGGGUUUAUCCAUGGCUUAGAGGACUGGGUUAUACAUCCUUGGGUAUAUUUUUAUUAGGAUUUUUCUUAUGGAAUAUAGAUAACAUCUUUUGUGAUUCACUGAGGAACUUUCGAAAGAAGGUGCCGCCUAUCAUAGGUAUUACCACACAAUUUCAUGCAUGGUGGCAUAUUUUAACUGGCCUUGGUUCCUACCUUCACAUCCUUUUCAGUUUAUAUACAAGAACACUUUAUCUGAAAUACAGGCCAAAAGUGAAGUUUCUCUUCGGAAUCUGGCCAGUGAUCCUGUUUGAGCCUCUCAGGAAGCACUGAUGAAUUAUUCCACCAAGAAAACAAAAAAACACCUGCCAUAGGCCUGGCAGUAUAAACAAGGAAAUCCUUAAAGAUCUACACAUUUAAAUAUAUCAUGACCAUCACAGCAGAGGAAGGACAUUCUGACUAUUGCUGCCAGCCACAUAGAGAAUGAGGAAUGGGGCCUGUUGGGUAUUUAGCUCAUGGCUUUAUUUCAUUUGUCCUCCUCCUCCUCUUCCUCCUCUCACCCUAAGAUGUUUAUAAAGAAACAGAUAUGAUGUACAUAUAUAUACUCAAAUGCUGAAAAAAUUGGGCUUUUCUUAACAGGUUAACAGUUUGUGCUGGUUGUAGGAAAUUAACCUUUUCCUCUUUUAUGACAACGGUUGCAUGUGAAUUAUACCUUUCUUAAUAUUUGAUUAAAUAAUAAAAAUGGUCAGCUAGGGACUGGCAAAACCCUAUAUCCAGAUGGUCAGCUAUGAGCCAGCACUCAGCUGUGUCAGCUUUGAUUUAUAUUGUUUUCAUAUUAACCUCAUGGAUGGUUUUCCAAGGUAAAAA